AGAGGCGGAGGAGGAGGAGAAAGAGGAGGAGGAGGAGAAAGAGGAGGAGGUGAACAACUUACCCUGCUGAGCUUUCUUUGGGGAAUACGUGCAUCAAGAUUUAGAUCUGCCUGUAAAAUCUAUACAAAGCAUAUGCCACUACAGGUUUGACUCUCCCCUCCCCCGUUUUUUUGUUUUUGUUUUGUUUUGUUUCGUUUUAUUUUCUGUUUUCUCUGCUGUGGCAAAGAACAAGACAGAACUAUCUCUGUUUCUGGCUCCACUGUCUGCCAGUGAAGGAGUUUUCAUUCAGACUUUCGGAAGAGAGGUGGAGAAACCUAAAGACUGAGGAGAAGAGAUCCUUUCAGCCAGAUGGGGCAUUAGUUCUUCUGCUUUUCUCAGCAUGGAUAAGCCCUUUCCUCAAGGAUUUUCUCAUGUGCCCUGAGAUCCAUGUAACUACAAGGGCUCCUCUUUAUCACCAUAAGUGCCACCCUGGCUUAAAACCACUCAGAGCUUAAAAAUCAAGGCAAAAUGGAUGCUGCGGUGACAGAUGAUUUUCAACAAAUUCUGCCUAUUGAACAGCUGCGCUCUACUCAUGCUAGCAAUGACUAUGUGGAACGGCCUCCAGCCCCCUGUAAACAGGCCCUCUCAAGCCCUUCCCUUAUUGUGCAAACCCACAAGUCUGAUUGGUCUCUGGUUACCAUGCCUACUUCUCUCCCCCGUAGUCUCAGCCAGUGCCAUCAACUGCAGCCCUUGCCUCAGCAUCUGAGCCAAUCUAGCAUUGCCAGCUCAAUGUCUCAUAGCACCACUGCCUCUGAUCAAAGGCUCUUGGCCAGCAUUACACCCUCACCUUCAGGCCAAUCCAUCAUCCGAACCCAGCCUGGAGCAGGGGUCCACCCAAAGGCUGAUGGUGCUCUGAAGGGAGAAGCUGAGCAAUCUGCAGGGCACCCUAGUGAGCACCUCUUCAUCUGUGAGGAGUGUGGGCGCUGCAAGUGUGUCCCCUGCACAGCAGCUCGCCCUCUCCCCUCCUGCUGGCUGUGCAACCAGCGUUGCCUUUGCUCUGCUGAGAGCCUCCUCGAUUAUGGCACUUGUCUCUGCUGUGUCAAGGGCCUCUUCUACCACUGCUCCACUGAUGAUGAAGACAACUGUGCUGAUGAGCCCUGCUCUUGUGGGCCUAGUUCUUGCUUCGUCCGCUGGGCAGCCAUGAGCCUCAUCUCCCUCUUCCUACCCUGCCUGUGCUGCUACCUGCCUACCCGUGGAUGCCUCCAUCUGUGCCAACGGGGCUACGAUAGCCUCCGGCGACCAGGCUGCCGCUGCAAGAGGCACACCAACACUGUGUGCAGAAAGAUCUCUUCUGGUAGUGCACCCUUCCCCAAGGCCCAGGAAAAGUCUGUAUGACCUUCCAGCAAGGUGGAUCCAGAGCUUUUCUCCUUCUAGCCCCCAUCAGUAAUGCAUAGGCCUCAUCUUUGGAGAGGGAAGGAGUGACAAACUAGCCAAAGUUAGGGCCUCUCCUCUUUUGUUCCGGCAGUGUCAGGGAAAUGACCAAGUACAUCCUGGUGCAGGAUGCCUUGUUCUUUCUCACAGUAUCUAUCCCACUCCUCUUCAGUCUUUACACCCUGCCAGCUCAGCCCUUAUGGUUGUCAUGGCAAAUUCAGGUGAUAUAUGGGUAUGAGGUUUGAACACUGAGGACUGACAGGGCCAGCAACGUGGAGGUUUAGGGGCUCCCCAGUGUAAUACCUCUCGAUGCAGGCUCUGAUCAUCACUGUUUUCUGCUGUGCCUUUGGAAGCUUUCUUCUAAGAUGAUUUUCACAGGUACAUGUGGAACAGCGUUCAACCUUCCAGGGAAUAUGACCCCUUCUCCCUGUUACUGCCCUUCUUUAUUCCUCUCUCCUCUUUCAUUAUUCUGUUCUGUAUUCUUUUCACCUUCAUUCUCACCCUGUCUACUUUUACUUUUUCUCUUUCUUCCUCCCUUUCUCCUUCUCCC